AUGGUGGCCGAGCCGGCGGCCGCCCCCUCCCCCGCCGGCCAAAGGGUGAAGGUGACGCGCGCCGCCGCGCCCGCCCAGCCGUCAGCUGAGGCUGUCAUUCAGAGCAGCCAGCAGGCCGGGCCGAGCGCCGAGUCCACGCCCACCGCGUCGGACAUACCGUCCGAUUGUCCGAAGCGCAAACGGCCUGUUCAGCUACCACUUGAGGCCAAUUUGCAAGGAGCUAGUUUUGCUUCCGUCGCCGCUACGGUCUUGGGUUCCGCCCCCACACCCCCCGCGCCCGCGCGGCGUGCGGCAGAUGUUAAUCUUGCUGCCGCCGCGGAAGCGAUGGAUGUGUCUGCUGUUGCUACUGUCUCUGUUCUUGCGACUACCGGCCAGGAAUCUUUGUCCGCGGUUUCGGAAAACAUGCCUGCUGUUCUUCAACCGGUUGUGGGUGCUUUUGUGUCGGAGGCUGUCUCUGACUCCGUGCCGCAAUCGGUAACCGAUGUUGUUCUGCGCCCUAUUUCGGACCCUGUUGCACCUAUUGUGUCGCAGCUGGCACGCUCUCCUUCUGUGCCUGCACCCGUCGUUGUACCCUCUGAUGUUUCUGAGCCUACUCCUGUUGCGGAAUCACGCGAUGUUUUUGUGGACCAAAACCGCAACGGGAUGAAGCUCGUUCUCGGAGUUCGAGAAGGCAACGCUUCCGCAGUGCCAGUAGCUCCCCCUUCUUGCGACAGGGGUUUCACGCGGGGUGACCGUAGUCCGUCCCCGGUAGGGCGCUCCCCCGCCUCUUCUUGGGCGUCGCAACGCCGUGCCGCGCGGCGCGACCUCGACGUGGAGCUACGGCCGCCUCAGGCUUCCGGCUCCGGGCGUCAGCCGCCGCGCAAACAGCAACAACAACAGCCGCAGCGGGCCUCCUCUCGCCACGCGCAGUCAGCUGAUCUGAGUGUUGCAGCGCAGCAUCGUGACGAUGCUGUUCGCCAUCUGCGGACUGUGUUAAGUCAACCCGCCUCUGUAGACGUGCCUGUUUUAGCGCCCGACGCAGUCUCGGCUAUGACUGCGGCACCUAUGUCGACGAAACGGAAGGCUGAGGAUGUCCACCGACGUCGCGCUGGUCCUUCUAUCCACGACCGCGUGUCGGUGCCUCCUUCCGACGCGCAGAUGCCCGUCAGGGAUCCUGUGUCGGUCGCUUCUGCCGUGCCAGCUACUGCCACCCUGCCACCCCUCUCCCCCUUCGAGCCUUCGGAGUGGGCGGAGGAUGUUGUGGAGGGUGCGGAGACAUAG